CGCGCGGACGCAUCAGACAGUCCGUCCGCGCGCACAGAGGGACAGCAGCAGCCGCCGCACCUCCUGUACACCGACCCGCGUCUCGUUUAUACGUUUUAUGUGUUUAAUACCGAUGAGAACGAUGGUCUGACGAGAUUUAGGCGAUCAAUUCGUGAAUGUAAUUCCAUUACAUUCAUCUGAUCAGCGCGCGCCAAGGGCCGCUUUGGUUUUGCCGUCUCCUCAGUCGCCUUCUCUCUGAGAGAUUCACGUGCCCAUGCGAUUCUUCAGACUCACCUUUAAGUGUUUCGUGGAUUGUUUUUGAAGGUGCUGUUUAAAAUCGGUGUCCUUUUUCUUUUAUGAUAUAUCAUUUAUUUUACAAACGCGCUUUUUGAUAAAAACAGACCGACCCUACCGUUGCCAAUUUCGCCGAGAAAAUCAAACUGCCAUCCGUUGUAACCGUUUGACAUUGAGGGGGAAACGGAACAGAAAAUAUUUAUACAUUCGUAAAGAAUUACACUGCUGGUUGUGUUAUAAUAAAGGAUAGAGGACCAGAUCCCUCGCACCUGAAGAGGAACAAAAAGGGACAUCUUGGUGUGAAAAAAAAAACUGACUUAAUCCAAAAACAAUAAGAGAUCAAAUAUUUAUUUUUGACUGCUGAUUGAAGAAGUCCUUCCUUCUCGAGUCUCGUGAGGAGGUUCGUAUUUGCUUUGUUUACACGAGAGAUGGAAAAAUCCUCUCUGGACGCAGACUGCUGCGCCCUGAAUAUGGUCCUGGUGGAGGAGAAGAAGGGCCAUCUCAUUCCCAAUGGAAACGCGCACCCAAGCGUCAACGGGACCCUCAACGGGGGGCCCAUGUCAGCGGCUACCGGAGCCAUCUCGGCGGUGGAGAAGAAGAGGGAGGGCUACCCCGAGCGAGAGACGUGGACCAGACAGAUGGACUUCAUCAUGUCCUGCGUGGGUUUUGCAGUGGGGCUGGGGAACGUCUGGCGCUUCCCGUACCUGUGCUACAAAAACGGUGGAGGAGUCUUCCUCAUUCCCUAUGUGUUAUUCAUAUUUCUGGGAGGCAUUCCGAUAUUCUUCCUGGAGAUUGCGCUGGGACAGUUUAUGAAGGCUGGAAGCAUCAACGUGUGGAACAUUGCCCCUCUUUUUAAAGGACUCGGUUAUGCCUCCAUGGUGAUUGUGUUCUUCUGCAACACGUACUACAUUAUGGUUUUGGCCUGGGGUUUCUACUACUUUAUCAAGUCCUUCAACGCCACACUGCCCUGGUCCACCUGCGACAACCCCUGGAACACAGAGAACUGCAUCGAGAUCUUCCGGCAGGGUGACUGCAAGAACGGCACAAUUGGAAACUCCACAUUCGGCAACCUGACGUGCGAAGAGCUUGCUAAUGGCCGCUCUCCUAUCAUUGAAUUCUGGGAGAACAAGGUUUUGAACAUCUCGGAUGGGCUGGAUGAGCCGGGCGCCGUUAAUUGGGAGCUGAUGCUGUGCUUGCUGGCCGUGUGGGUGAUGGUUUACUUCUGCGUCUGGAAGGGAGUGAAGUCCACAGGCAAGAUUGUGUAUUUCACUGCCACGUUCCCGUAUGUGGUCCUGAUCAUCCUGCUGGUGCGAGGCGUCACUCUGCCCGGCGCUUAUGAUGGCAUCCUCUACUACGUCAAACCAGACUGGUCAAAACUCGGAGAAGCACAGGUCUGGAUCGAUGCCGGCACUCAGAUCUUCUUCUCUUACGCCAUCGGGCUCGGGGCCCUGACGGCCCUAGGCAGCUACAACAGAUUCAACAACGACUGCUAUAAGGAUGCUUUUGUUCUGGCGCUUAUUAAUAGCGGCACCAGUUUCUUUGCUGGUUUCGUGGUUUUCUCCAUCUUGGGUUUCAUGGCGUCUGAACAAGGUGUGGACAUCUCGAAAGUGGCAGAAUCAGGCCCCGGUUUGGCGUUCAUAGCGUAUCCUAAAGCCGUUUCUAUGAUGCCCGUGGCUCCGGUGUGGGCUGCCCUAUUCUUCAUCAUGCUGCUACUGCUGGGACUGGACAGUCAGUUUGUUGGUGUGGAGGGUUUCGUAACUGGCAUUCUUGAUCUUUUCCCUGGAAAGUAUUACAUGCGCUAUCAGCGCGAAAUCGCUGUGGCGAUCUGCUGUUUAUUAUGCUUCAUUAUAGAUCUCUCCAUGGUUACACAGGGAGGGAUGUACGUCUUCCAGCUUUUUGACUACUACUCAGCCAGUGGAAUGACCCUGCUGUGGCAAGCAUUCUGGGAAUGCGUGGUUGUCGCAUGGGUUUAUGGUGCUGACAGAUUCAUGGACGAUAUUGCUCGUAUGAUCGGUUACCGGCCAUUCCCGUGGAUGAAGUGGUGCUGGUCCAUUAUAACUCCAUGUGUUUGCAUGGGUAUCUUCCUAUUUCACCUGCUGAACUACAAGCCUCUGACCUACAACAAUGUGUAUGUGUACCCAUGGUGGGGAGAGGUGAUCGGAUGGUGUCUGGCUCUCUCCUCCAUGCUCUGCAUCCCCGUCAGCCUCGUGUACAAGCUCUCUGGAGCUAAGGGAACAUUUAAAGAGCGUUGGGAAAAUCUGACCAAACCAGUGUGGGGAGCCCAUCACCUGGAAUACAUGGCUCCCGACACUGACAUUAAAAGCCUGGCCUCUCUGUCUCCUGGGAUGGAGGAGAACAAGGUGAUCAUUUUCGAGAGUGUUAUGUAGACGAAAAGGGAAAUCCUCCAACAGCCCUCCUAAGGCAAGCUGGUUGAAGAGAUCAUCAGUAUUUAUUUCUUUGUAUGGAAUUCUGCAUCAUCUUACAGUCUUAAAAUCAGCCGAUGCACAUGUACGGUUACAUCCGUUUCAUACUACAGAUCCUCUAGCUUGCACAGUACCAGGUGUUCUUCCACUUCCACCAGUCCAAACUGCGUAUAGAAACACACAGGGAAAAAAAAAUAUUCCAGAUAUCAAAACCUGCAGGGUGUAAUCAGCAUGUCUUUGGAGGGGGACAUUUUAGCGUAGCCUAAAACAUCAUUUGACAGAGCGGCAGAAUUUCCACAGGCCACCUUCCUGAACAUAAGAGUCUCUUUGCACUGACACAUUCAUAAGGGGAGGAAAUGCAUCCUUGAGUUAAAUAAAUGACAUUCACAAGAGUGGAUUAAUAAUCACGCUAUCAUCAAAAUCUAAACUAAAAUAUGGCAAAAAUAGAUAUAGAUCAAGCAAUCUAGCUAAAUGUGUCUUUGCAGAUGUUAAUACCCAUAUGGAAAUCUAAUAUAUGGCAAUAUGCAAAUUACCUAUAUAAUGUAGAGGCUUAUAUUUGGAUUUCACAUACACACACACACACAAAC